AUGCUGCAAUCCGUUAAGAAAACGUUCGCAGGGGGUCGGAAGAAAACAGGAAGUAAAGCCGAGCACCACGAUAGCACCGCCGGUGCCGCCCAGCACCACGGGCACGCGCCGCCCCCCGCCGGUCCCGCCGGGGGACCAGCCCCCCGGGGCGCUUCAGGAGGAAAGGCUCCCGGGGCCAAUGCCGCAAAAGGCGCCGCGCCUGCCGCUGGCGCGGCGCUUCGAACGAGCAGCUUCAACAAGGACAAGUCAGACGCUGUAGCGAGUCCAGCUGUAGCGAAUCCGAACGUGUCGCCGUUCGCCGAGCCGCUCCCGCUUUUCCGGGACGUGGCGGCUCCGGAAAAACAGGCGCUGUUCAUCCGCAAGCUCGCGCUCUGCUGCCACACGUUCGACUUUGCGGACCCGCUUAAGAACAUGAAGGAGAAGGAGAUUAAGCGGCAGACGCUCCUAGAACUAGUCGAAUACGUCAAUUCCGGCACGGGGAAGUUCAGCGAGGCGGUGUUCGAAGACAUCGUGCGGAUGCUCCGCGCGAAUCUCUUCCGCGCGCUCCCCCCGUCCGCGCACGAGAACACGGGGUCGGAGGGGUUCGAUCCGGAGGAGGAGGAGCCGAACAUGGAACUCGCGUGGCCGCAUUUGCAGAUCGUCUACGAGUUUCUGCUGCGCUUUGUAGUUAGUAACGAGACUGACGCUAAGGUGGCGAAACGGUACCUGGACCAGCCGUUCGUGCUGAAGCUGCUAGAUUUGUUCAACUCCGAGGAUCCGCGCGAGCGCGACUAUUUAAAGACCAUUCUGCACCGGAUAUACGGCAAGUUCAUGGUCCACCGGCCGUUUAUCCGCAAGUCGAUUAACUACAUCUUCUACCGUUUUAUCUACGAGACGGAGCGGCACAACGGGAUCGCGGAGCUGUUAGAGAUCCUGGGCAGCAUAAUCAACGGGUUCGCGCUGCCUCUUAAAGAGGAGCACAAGCUGUUCCUGGUCCGCGCGUUAAUCCCGCUGCACAAGCCCAAGUGCGUGUCUAUAUACCACCAGCAGCUGUCGUAUUGUAUCACGCAGUUUGUCGAGAAGGACCCGUCGCUCGCGGACGUGGUGCUGCGCGGGCUGCUUAAGUACUGGCCCUUAACUAACAGCCAGAAGGAGGUGCUGUUUCUCGGGGAGUUGGAGGAGAUUCUGGAGCUCACGCAGGGCGCGGAGUUCCAGCAGGUCGUCGCGCCGCUGUUUCUUCGCAUCGCGCGCUGCCUCAACAGCUCGCAUUUCCAGGUUGCCGAGCGCACCCUGUUCCUGUGGAACAACGACUACAUCGUCAGCCUCGUGGCGCAGAACCGCGCUGCCGUGCUGCCGCUGAUAUUCGGGGCCCUUGAGAGGAACGCGAGGAGCCACUGGAACCAGGCGGUGAACGGUUUAACCAUCAACGUGCGCAAGAUGUUUCUGGAAAUGGAUCAAGCUCUCUACGAGGACUGCCAGAGGCAGUUUCUGGAGGAGGAGGCGCAGGAGAGGGACGUGCAGGCGGGCAGGGAGCACGCGUGGAGACGACUGGAGGAGGAGGCUGCUGCGCGAUCGCCCAUGUACGGGGACGCUGGCGGCGGUGGUGGGGUGCAGAGUCGACAUAUGAGAAUGGGCAUGUCGGUGGAAGCAUCGUGA